UCAUCCAGACCCAGACUGCCAGAUGACUUUUAAUCGUAACCCUGUUCCAAUCUGCCAGAUGACUUUUAAUCCUAACCCUGUUCCAAUCUGCCAGAUGACUUUUAAUCCUAACCCUGUUCCAAUCUGCCAGAUUACUUUUAAUCCUAACCCUGUUCCAAUCUGCCAGAUUACUUUUAAUCCUAACCCUGUUCCAAUCUGCCAGAUGACGUUUAAUCCUAACCCUGUUCCAAUCUGCCAGAUUACUUUUAAUCCUAACCCUGUUCCAAUCUGCCAGAUUACUUUUAAUCCUAACCCUGUUCCAAUCUGCCAGAUGACUUUUAAUCCUAACCCUGUUCCAAUCUGCCAGAUUACUUUUAAUCCUAACCCUGUUCCAAUCUGCCAGAUUACUUUUAAUCCUAACCCUGUUCCAGACUGCCAGAUGACUUUUAAUCCUAACCCUGUUCCAAUCUGCCAGAUGACUUUUAAUCCUAACCCUGUUCCAAUCUGCCAGAUGACUUUUAAUCCUAACCCUGUUCCAAUCUGCCAGAUUACUUUUAAUCCUAACCCUGUUCCAAUCUGCCAGAUUACUUUUAAUCCUAACCCUGUUCCAAUCUGCCAGAUGACGUUUAAUCCUAACCCUGUUCCAAUCUGCCAGAUGACGUUUAAUCCUAACCCUGUUCCAAUCUGCCAGAUGACGUUUAAUCCUAACCCUGUUCCAAUCUGCCAGAUGACGUUUAAUCCUAACCCUGUUCCAAUCUGCCAGAUGACUUUUAAUCCUAACCCUGUUCCAAUCUGCCAGAUUACUUUUAAUCCUAACCCUGUUCCAAUCUGCCAGAUUACUUUUAAUCCUAACCCUGUUCCAGACUGCCAGAUGACUUUUAAUCCUAACCCUGUUCCAAUCUGCCAGAUUACUUUUAAUCCUAACCCUGUUCCAGACUGCCAGAUGACUUUUAAUCCUAACCCUGUUCCAAUCUGCCAGAUGACGUUUAAUCCUAACCCUGUUCCAAUCUGCCAGAUGACGUUUAAUCCUAACCCUGUUCCAAUCUGCCAGAUGACGUUUAAUCCUAACCCUGUUCCAAUCUGCCAGAUAACCUUUAACUUUUUCACACCUGACCAAUUAACUUUAACCCUAAUCCCGUCCAAACCCGACAAAUAACAAUUAUCCCUGACCCGGCUUCAACCAGUUCUUUGUUCUGCUUUAAUCUGGGAUAGAGGCUCAUCUUGCUGGUUUAUUGGGGUUAACAGUCAUCAGGCAGGCUGGUUGGGGUUUCGUUGGCAGGCUGGUUGGGGUUUUGUUGGCAGGCUGGU